GUUCGGAUCAGUCUCGAUUUAUAUAUUCGUCUUUCAAUUGUCAUUGCAAUCCCCACAACGGAAAUACCAACUUAAAAUGCCCUCCAACGUUCUUAUCACUGGCGCAAACCGAGGAUUAGGUCUCGGGCUGGCCAAACGCUACCUAAACCUCCCAGGCCAGACUGUAAUCGCCCUCAUCCGCGACCCGUCAUCCCCCAGCUCAACCUCCCUUCGCACCCUCCCCAAACACGCAACCAGCCGCCUUAUCAUCCUCAAAUACGACGCAAGCAUCGAAUCCGACGCAUUCGACGCCAUCGCCGAGCUACGCAAUACCCACGGAAUCAACACUCUCGACAUCGUGUUCGCCAACGCCGGAAUCGCAAAGUCCUACCCCCUCGUUAAGGACGUUACGCGCGCUGAGAUCCUCGAACAUGUCGAUGUGAAUGCUCUGGCUGUAGUGUCGCUUUAUCAGGCUGGGAGGGAGUUAUUAGAGCAGUCGACGAGGGCUGAGAAGCCUGUGUUUGCGAUUAUGGGCUCUGGGGGUGGGGCAGUUGGACGACAACCACCUGUCCCUAGCGCCGUGUAUGGUGCUUCCAAAUCCCUUCUCAAUUGGUAUGGAGUCCGAAUCAACGCCGAAGAUGAAUGGUUGAACACGUUCAUCCUGGACCCGGGGUGGUCGGCCACCGAUAUGGGGAAUACGGCGGCGAAGGGGUGGGGGCUAGAGAGUGCGCCGGACUCGGUGGAUGAGGUUUGCGAUGGGAUUGUGAAGGUGGUCAGCGAGGCGACGAAGGGGGAGAUUGGAGGGAAGAUGAUCAAGUAUACGGGGGAGGUGAUGGGGUGGUGA